UGGAGGAAGUUUGAAGGUUCAGUUUGUUCCACGACUGCAUUUCACUCACUGCCUCUGUUUGUAUCUCUGUCACUGCAGGACCAACAUGGAGCGAGAAGUCAGCGCUCUCAGGAGGCCGACAAACCUCACAGAAGAAAGAGAGAGAAAAAACACAGCUGUGACGAGUGUGGGAAAGGUUUUACCUGGAAGGUCUCAUUAAAAAAACAUCAAGUCAUUCACGCUGGAGAGAGACCGUUUAGCUGUGACUUGUGUGGAAAGUCUUUUAGACAGCCUGGAAGUUUAAAAAGACACCAGCUCAUCCAUAGUGGAGUUAAAGAACAUACUUGCGAUCAGUGUGGGAAGUGUUUCUCUCGGAAAGAAGGGUUGGAAGAGCACAAACGUAUCCACAGUGGCGUUAAACAGUACAGCUGUGAUCAGUGUGGUAAAGUCUUUGCUCACCGUAGCGGCUUAUGGACUCAUCAAGUUGCCCACUCUGGAAUUAAGGCAUACAGCUGUGAGGUUUGUGGAAAAACCUUCAGCCAAGUAGGGCACCGAAAUGCACACCUACGCAUUCACACCAAAGAGGAUGUGUACUACUGUGAACAGUGUGGAAAAGUGUUUAUGACAAACAGAGACUUAAAAAUCCACAAAUUCACUCACACUGGAGAGAGACCUUAUAAAUGUGACGUGUGCGAUAAGGCCUUUAAAGAUCCAAGUUCCCUCAAAGCGCACCAACAAAUCCACACCAGGAAGAAACUCUACAAGUGCAGUUACUGUGAGAAGCAGAGCGACACAGAUGGAUCCAAUUCUCAACCCUGUCAUCACUGUGGUGGUGGGAAAGCGUUUCGUUGUGACAUUUGUGGAAAAACUUUCAAUUGGCAAAGGAGCCCAAAAAUACAUCUACGUAGACACACUGGACACAAACUCAAGUACUGUAAAGAAUGUGGGAAAGGCUUCCCCACAGCAGGCGAAUUAAAGCGCCAUGAACUCAUUCACAGUGGCAUUAAAACGAACCUCUGUGACCAGUGCGGGUCAUCCUUCACCACUGCAGGUGAGCUUAAAGCUCAUAAACGAGUCCACACAGGAGAGAAACCAUACAAGUGCAGACACUGCGACAGAAGCUUCUCUCGUGCAAAUACUCGUAAUGAUCAUGAACGUACACACAUUGAAGGAAACUUCAGCUGUGACCAGUGUGACAAGAGCUUCAAGAAUCUCAGUUCAUACUCCAAACACAAACGAUCGCACGCUGCAAAUAAGCUAUUUCAGUGUGACCAAUGUGCAAAACCAUUCACUUCAUUAUCUGCUCUGACCAAACAUCUGCAUGAUCAUGCAGGACUAAAAUCAUUGCUGCCAUUGGAUCACAACGAAUCUGAACAGACAGAAAGAACCUCUUCUGCAUCAGAAACCUGAUCAGGCUCCACAUAGUUCUGACUGUUUACCCCUGUAAAGAGUCAGCUAAUGUCACACCUGGUUCUUAUGACAUAGCUAUGACUUUUGGACUGGCAGUGAUACACUUUGUAUUUAAUAAGUGGAAACCAUUGAAAACUACAGACAUUCACCACCAACAGGAGGUGCCAUAUGGGUUUAGUGCUAUUUGGACCAGGUGGUAGUCAGAGGCCCUGGCGUUCUGAGCUGUGGCAUACAUGACUAACCAUGGGACCAGUAUAACUAGCCAUGAUGCCGGCUGACGAAUGGGAUCAAGUCAGCUGGCAUCAUUGUAGUUGCAUUUAAAAAAAUAACAACUUUUCUUUUAUUAUUAUUUUAGAUUUUUUUUAUUUAUUUCAGUUCAGCUUAUUUUAAAUUUGAACUAGACCUGGCCUGUACUUCUGUGUAAUACUUAUUUACAGUGGCGGCCCGCAGAAGUAAAAGCCUUUGUCCCAACAAUCAGUUUACUCCCUUUGAGCAAGUGCUUUGGCCACAGUGGGAAGGAAAAAGUCCCUUUUAUGAAGGGAGCUGGGAUGAAGAAGAGACAUAAACAUGUUGUGGAAGAGAACCAAAGAUUAAUGAAAGUUUUUCAUUUUAAGAUGGCUGAGUUGCUCAGUGGAAACCAAAUGUACCUACAAACAAUCAAAUCUAUCCUGAACCUGAAGCCAUUCGAUAUUUUAUUUUGGUAAAUAUGGCAGCACUGAGACUCAUUUCUUUUUCAGUUAAUUCAAAUGAUUUAAUCUUUUAGUUUUGGUUUCUAAUUUAGGCUCAGUUCGUUUCAUGUAACCUUGCCCACAUGUUAGUUUGUAUUCAAUGCAUUUUUAUCUUGUGCUCCAGCUGUUAAAUCUAGCGAAUGUUUAACUGUUAGCUAUAUUUAAUUAACUUUAAAGUUUGUCUUAUUAAAUGUUUCGGUGUGAAAAAUAAAGAAAUAAUCUUAUAUUAUCGUUACAGCCAUUAGAGCCAUCCUACAAUCCUACACUCAAUCCUGCUUAUGUUGGUGACUUUAUUUCACUCAAGGUCACUUUAAAUCACUCAUACUGUAAACUGUAAAGCUGCUACGUUGGUCAUUUUAAACCACUUCAAGGUCACUUUAAAUCACAAUUCUAAAUUGUAAAGUUAGACUGAAAUUAACCUUUUUUACCUCAAAGUGUAUAUUUACUCCCCUUACCUAGUCUUAUAGUGUAUAUUUAUUCCUACUCUUACUAUAUUAAUUGUUGUUCUUUUUGCACUGAAUGGAGCUGGAGCCUCGUCGUCUCAUCUCUAUAUACUGUACUGUAUAUAGCAGAGAUGACAAUAAAGUUUACUUUCGCUUUAAAACGAAAAACUAUUUCAAUGUCUUUUGCUCUAUAAACGUGUCUCAUGCAGUCUGGUUCGCCUCGAGGUCAAU